AUGAGUGACAAGUCGUGGACUGAGGAAUUCUUCUUCGAAUGGCCUCCGCCAGAGUGGAUCAAUGCAGUUUACGAUGAUAGGCAAGUUUUCAGACCGUUUUCUCCUCCACAGGGAAAGUGGGUUUUGGGAAGGUCAGUGGGUACCGGUCGGCGCCCUAGCCAGGAUCAGAUUCAAGUUCUAUGGCUUCUCGUUCAGCGCGACGGGAUGUAUAUGCGCAAAUAUGUGGCCAAAGUAUUCCCUGACUACACUGAAGAGAAUGCAUACUCGCAACUGCGACGAGUUCCUCCACGCAUACCUAAGAAGCUUCAGGAGGUAAAAGAUGAACUCGACCCAUAUACUAACGAAGCUCGAGCCAAGGCUUGCAUCACGACGAAACUCGAUAUCACUCAUGGUGAUGUACGAGAUGAUCAUUUCAGGCUUCCGGGGGACUUCCAUGAUACAGUCUUGUAUGACUUUUCCGUUUCGUACACAUUCUCUCCGGUUACACCUUACCUGAUCAAUUUUCGUCGACCACGUUCUUUGAAGGAUAUAUCUGAGAGCGAACAGGCAAUGGUCAGGGAAGAUAUAAUUGAACGGGCCGAAAAACUAGAUAUCCGUGAAUAUCUUGUCAAGUCCACCAAGAGUACCGAGUCAGCGAUCAUGGAUGCGCUCUUCCAACCUCUUGAAGAUGAAAUAUUGGAGUUGAUAAUCCUAAGAGUGAAAUUCCGUCCCGAUGUCUUCUCUAUGCCAUCAGUAAAUUCAGUCUUUCCUUUUCUUGAAGGUCUUUGCCCGACAGAUGAUUGCACAUGGCAUAUCCGUAGAGGUCGGCUGCUGGAAUCCUAUACGCCAAUUUGGGUAAUGUCCAUAACGGAUAGUUCAGGCCAAACCGUCAUGGACUUUACUUUUGACCGGGACUUCGCUCAAAGGCGAGAGGAGGCAAAGGUCAAAUACUUACUUUGCUUAAUACCUAAGAAAUGGGGAGUAGAAGAUGUCCGCAGUCCACUCGUGAGUAUCUGCUCGUCCUUGCCGCGUAAUGACCACGGCUGCAUCAAGACCUGGCUGGAUUUUAACAACUAUAUCUGA